CGGCUUUGGGCGUCGGUGUCAGAGUUCUAUUAGUAUUAUGGCGGACGGAGGGUCGAUGUUACGGACUGAAUGCAAGGAGUUGUAGUCAUGUUUCGGACCUGAAAUGACCCGGACUUAAACUUCUAACGAACGAUCGUCUUUGGGAACACUUGAAGAUAAUGGCUGACAGAGAUAGUCUCCGAUUGCGGGGAGCUGCCGCCCCCGGGUCCGCCAACACGUCCCGUCUUUUGAAUGGAUCAGGAACGGGAGAUCGGCCCACUAGUGCUACCGGGCAGAUGCAGAGUCUUCUCGGCGAAUUUAAGGGAUUGUAUCAAGACAGGUUAAGAAGUCUUGACCAGAGCAACGACGACUCGAAGGAGACCUACAAGAUGAAAUGUCGCAUCCUGCAGUCGUACGUGAACGACUUGUCAGAGCAGAAUGAAGUCCUGGUGCAGACUGUGGAGGAACUGGAGAGGGAAGCCAACGGCAGGGUGGCAUUGUUAGAGGGGAAACUGUCAAAAACCACCAACACUGUCAAGGAGUAUGUGAACAAGGCUCGUGACUAUGAGCAGCAAGUAAAGACUAUAGCUGUACAGAAGAAAAAUGCAGAGGACCAGCUAGAGGAGUGGCAGCUGAAGUACCAACGACUGGACACCCAGGCCGGCUCGCUCCAGGGGUUUAACGAUGACCUGAAACACGACAUCAACGCUCUUAUCAACAUGAUCAGCACCGCUAGGGCCACCGGCAAGUGGGAGACAGGAGACAUGGAGCUGAGAACAGUCUCCGUGGAGGCAGUGCUGGGAGCCCCUGAAGCUCAAAUCAUAAAAUCGGAGGAGAUUCUACAGCGGCACAUCCGUGAAAUGAAGGAAGAGUUGGCCCAGAGAGACAACAUCAUCCAAAAACUACAGGAGGAACUGAAGAACGUGUCAUACCAGGAACAACGGUCACGGGAUCAGGCUGCACAGAGAGACACAGUCCUGGGCUCGGUGAAGAGCACCCUGUCUUCCAUCCAUGACAAAGAACAGACAGCCUCCUCACAGAUCAUUGACAAGGACAUCAACAUCAUGAAACUCAAGUCUGAGCUGAGACAGGCCAGACAGGGGCGGGAAGAGGCAGAAUUACAGGUUUCAGACCUGGAGAGGAGAAUCAGUAGCCUGCAGUCCCAGAUCUCACAGCUAGAGGAAACACUGACUGUCAACGACUCAGAGAGGACCAGCCUACAACAAACGAUACAAAUCCUCCAGGACAAGCAGAGGAAAAGUAGUCAAGAGGCCACACACAGUGAGGGCAUCAUGAGGCAGCUACGAGCAGACCUGGAGAAGUCACGGGAUCAGCAGAGGAUGUCCACACACGAUGUAACCUCGCUGGAGAGAAGGAUCAAAGCCCUGGAGGAUGAGGCUCAGGAAGCGAAAGAGGCAAAGAGAAAGGCAGUAGACGAGAUUGGUAUACUUCAGGCUCGACUACGGGAGUCACAGAUCUCCACACAAGGCAACAAUGACAUGCUGAAGGCUGAGGCAGUGCCGCGAGGACAGUACCUUAUACAUAAACUAGAGCUGGCCCGCCGAGAUGAAACAAUCCAGCGCCUGCGGAAGGAAGUCAUGAGUCUGCAGGACAAGCGAGAUGAACUGCAGGCAGAGUUGAGCCAGGUGGAGCGUCGGUUCGGCAUGCUGCAGGAGCAGGAGUCCAGCCUGCGGCAGGAGCUGCAGCACUUCCGCACACGUACGCAGCAGCUGGAGCGGGACCUGGACGCCGCGCAGCACCAGUACAGGGAGGUGGUGGACCAGGCAGCACAGGGAGAGAACAACGUCAGGCAGCUGGAGGACGAGCUACGGGCCAGCAAACUCCAGCACAGCGAGUCUCUUACACAGGUGGAGAAACUGAGCACCAGUCUACAGCGCUUGCAGCAGUCUUCAAAGGAGACCAGGGAUGCCCUAACUGCCGAGGUUGCAGAGAGACAUGAUGCUGUUGUCAGGUUGAAGUCUGAGCUGAAAGAGGCAGAAGAAAAACACAGGGAAACCCUAACAGCACCUGGCUGUCCCCUAACUCCACAGGCAUCUAACAGCAGCAAUGACGAGAAGCAAGACUUGAGACAGGAGCUUGAGCGGUGUAAAGAAAUGUUGGCUGACAAGGCUCGGCAAGAGAAAAAUGAGCAGGUUCAGCAUAGGGGAGAGGUAAUUCAGACACUUCGUGCAGACAUCAAGGACACAAACACCAGGAUGGAGAAUACACUGUCACAGCUUCGAGCCAAGGAAAACGAACUGUCUGCCACACAAGCCAGACUGGACGCUUCAGAGUUAGAGAUUGAGCAGCUUCAGACUCGGUUGAAGGAGGCAGAAGUCACAGCCACACACAGCUCCACACGACUGGAGACAGAGUUGUCAGGCAAGAAUGAAGAAGUCCAUGCACUGAGAAGGGAGGUGUCAAUACAACAAGAGAAGCACACACAGACACAAGCACAGUUGGCUGCCCGUGAGGAGCAGAUUGCUCGGCUGCAGAAGGAGCAGCAGGACCAUGUGGAGGAGAUCUCUCGCAGGGAGAAGGCCAUCCAGAAACUGGAGCUGGACCUCAUGAAUGCUCAGGAGCAGAAACGGCAAGGAGAGGACGAGAUCUCGAGGAAGGAGAUCUCCAUCCAGCAGCUUGAGACAGACCUGAAGACGGUGAAGCAGCAGUACAAGGAGCUGAUCGAGGAGAAUGGCCGCCUGGAGGCGAGACUGCAGGCGCUGCACAUCACGUCUCAGAGCGAGCACGACGUGCUGAACAGUGAGGUGUCUCGGCGGGAGGAGAUGGUGCAGAAACUCCGGCUGGACUACAUGGAGAUGCAGGAACAGAACAGCAGGCUGGAGGAGAAGAUCAACCAGCAAGAGAGGACAAUAGACCAGCUUCAGCACGAGAACAGGACGGCAAUGGGUGAGCUGGAGUCACGGGAAGAGACGCUACGCAGCGUGGAACAACAACUAGAGGAGGCUAAACAGAUGCACGAUGCUGCAAGGGACGAGGUGGAUGGUGCAGAGGAUAAUGUCAGAGAACUGACCUCUGAACUCUCCUCACUCAGAGCUGAGCAUGACACAGCCAAGCAGUCGCUGAACAUGAGAGAGGAGUUGAUUAAAACCCUGAGACGAGAUCUGGACACCCUUCAGCAGCAGUAUGGAGACAUCCAGGGCAAGCUGGGACAGAGGAGUGAUGCUGUCCAGAGGCUCAACACUGAGAUGAGCAAGACGAAAGGGAAGCUGCAGGACAAGAUGCUAGAGGUCCAGAAACAGACAGAACUCGUGCGUAAACUGGAGAAGAGUCUGUCGCAGUCUCAGAACGCGCUAGACGAGGCACGGAGAACUGCACAGGAGGAGAUCUCACGCCGCGAUGCCAGGCUCAAGGAGCUGGAGGACGACCUGGCCGAGUCUCAGCAGCAGUACACAGCCUGUUACGAGGAGCUUUUGAAACAAGAACAGUUUGUCGAACGUCUGAAAGAAGAAAACUCACGCCUCUUCCAAGACAAAAACAAGAAUGCUGCUGAGGUGCAGCGGCUGGACAGUGAGCGGCACCAGCUGGAGAUGGACCUGACCAUCACCACGGAGAAGUACCGCACCUGCCAGGAGGAGGUGGCCGGCCGAGACCAGAACAUCCUUCGGCUCAAGACUGACCUGGACACCACGCAGCAGAAGUACAAGGGCUGUCAGGAGGAGUUGACUAUCCAGGAAGAGGAGGUAUCUCGUCUGCAGGGGAAGCUGAAGGCCGUACAGACAGAGUUACGGGACGUCAGGGCACAGCAGGAGAGGAGCGAGAGACUACUGGCCAAGGACGAGAAGACAGUACAGCAGCUGCAGCAUGACCAACAGAUCUAUAUGGAGGAGAUCAGGAACCAUGUGAGGACAAUCGAGCAGCUCCAGGACGAGCUCGCUGCUCUCAGGCACCAGCACAACGAAGAGAUGACCUCUCGCGCCACCGAGAUAGAGAGACUGAGAGAUGCACUGGACGACAAGAACGCCCAGCUCAACUCCUCAGAGAUGAAGAACCAAGGGUACAAGGAGACGAUCGAGAAUCUCAAUGCAGAGCUGGAGAGAGGACAGAAGGCUCACCAGAGUGUGGUGGAGGAGGUGGGUCAGUGUGAGAACACCAUCCACCAACAGGAGCAGGCUCUACAGGCCGCCAAGAAGCAGAUCCACGGUCUGGAGGACCAGCUAGCGGCGGCGCAGGGUGGCAUCGAGCAGCUGGAGAACGGCCUGGACACGUACAAGGACAAGUACAACCAGGCCAUGAACCGCAUCAACCGCCUGGAGUCCAGUCUGCAGGAGCUGGAGACCAAGUCUAUGGAGGACAACAAGAUGUUGGAACAGAAGGACCAGUCUCUGCUCAAGUUCAAGUCCGAGCUGGAGAAUCUGCAGCAGCAGCUGGAGGACAGGCGCGACCAGGUGAACACCUGCGAGGACGUCAUCGAGCAGCUGACACAGGAGCUUCACACCUCUCAGCAGGACUUAGCCAUGACCAAGGACAGGGUGACUCACUGUGAGGAAGUCAUCGAGAAUCUCAAGGAGAAGAUGCUAGACAAGCAACAAGAGUCCCAACAGCAUGAGGAAAAGGCAAGGAAACUGCAGGCUGAUCUGAUUUCUUAUGAGGAGAACCAUCAACAUACCAACCAGGAGUUUGGUGACCAGGAGGACGCCAUCCGGCAGCUUCAGUAUGAACUGCAGCAGGUGCGAGACCAGAGUGAGGGCAGGCAGCAGCAGAUUGGGGAGCUGCAGGAGACCAUCGGUCAGCUGCGCAUCGACCUCACCAGCCUCAAGGAGCAGAGAAACAGUGCAUCUAAAGAGAUCUCUCGUCUAGAACAAAGUCUACAGCAGCUACAGUCUAGUCUACAGCAGGAACAUCACAAACACAGGACAGAGAAAGCCAAGAUGGAGGAAAAUACCAAGUACCUGGAAAAGAGCCUGGAAGACUCCAAAAACCGGACAGCGGACCGAGAGAACGAGCUGGCCAGGAAGGACGAGGCGCUGAAACGGUACGACAUCGAGCUGAACGCAUCGCGGGAAGACAUCAAGAGCAAAGUGGACGAGAUUGAGAGACUAGAGAGCACCAUGAAGGCGUUGAAGGUCGACAUCAAUGGUCUACAAUCAGCCAAUAGGCAGAAGGAUAAUGAGUACUUACAGAUGCAGGGAGAGGCAGACAGGUUGAAGGGAGAUUUGAACGAGGCCAGACGUCAGUACAAGGACUGUGCUCAGGAGCUUGCCCACCAUGAGGAGAAGUUGAUGCUGAUGGAGAGCAGCCUCAGCACCACGCAGGAGCAGCUCAGUCUGCGCGUCAGCGAGGUCGUCAAGCACGAGCAGGCCAACCGCAAGCUGCAGUCCGAGCUGAAGGCGCUACGGGAUCGCACGCGCAGCAACGAGGAGGAGAUCCAGGAGAAGAGCCAGGGCCUGGCCAAACUCAGGGAAGAACUAGCUGCUGCUAAACAGGAUCACCAUAACAGUGUACAGGAAGGUUUACGACAUCAGCAGACUGCCCACAAGAUCGAGGUGGAGCUGGCCAACGCCCACGAGCAGCAGAAGCUGCUGAACGAGCAGAUCUCGCAGCAGGACGGGAUCCUGCGCAGCCUGCAGGACGACCUGCAGCGGGAGAGGGAGAAGCACGCCGAGACGCAGCAGGUGCUGCAGCAGACACGCCAGCAGGGCAGGACAGCGCAGGAACAGCUGGAGGAGACCAAGGCAGCACUCAGGGACAGCAACAACAGGGUAAAGGAUAAAGACAACAUGCUUGCCAAGCUGCAGACUGAGCUGGACACCUUACAGCAGAAGAACCGCACUGUGAAGGAGGACCUGGCAGAGAGGGAGGGGCAGCUCAGGGUCGCCAAGAUGAACAUUGCUACGCUACAGAAACAGGGCAAACACCACAACCAGGAGGUUGCUCGUUAUGAAGAGUCGUUAGCACAGCUGCAGAUGGAUCUGGAACAGAGUCAGGACCAGUACAGAACCUGUCAUCAGGAGCUGAUGGAGGCUGAACAGAAGAUCCAUGAGUUGAAGAUUAAGGUCUCCACAGUGGAGGGGAACCAUAAGGAGUCCAUGGAACAGCUGGGAGACAAGGCUACGGAGGCCGCCAACCUGCGCAACGAGGUGCAGCGCUUCCAGCAGCAGAACCAGGCCAUGGCACAGGAGAUCGCCAUGUACGAGGAUAAGAUGCGGAAGCUGCGUACCGAGCUGAAGAAGGUUCAGGACCUGAACCGGCAGAGCGAGGAGGAGGUUCGGAACUACGAGCAGCGCCUGUCGGAGCUAGAGCAUCGGGCGCAGGCGUCCAGCGAGAAGCACCACCAGGGCCUGCAGGACCUGUCCCAUAAGGAGGAGCAGGUGGUGAUGAUGAGGGUGGAACUGUCCGCCCUGCAGGAGAAGUUCAGGCAGAAGGCUGAGGAGAAUGAGAAGGUGAAGAAUGAAGUGGUCGUCCUGCGACAGAAGAACGCCUCCAUGUCAGACGAGAUCCAGAGUCUCCGUCAGUCGCUGGAAGACGCGCGGGCUAACGGCGACCGUCUCCACCGCGAGAGCGAACUCGUGGUCACCAACGUCAACACCUGGGUACAGGAGCAGAAGUCGGCCAACGAGAAACUGGGACAGAAAAUCCGGGACCAAAGCCGCGCCAUCGUGACUCUAACCUCGGAAAAAGAACACCUGGUAGAACAAACCGAUAGACUACAGAAAGACAACAGGAAGCUUCAAGAUGAAGUUGACGAGCGACGGUUAGAAAGCGAGAGAUUCAAGGCUCUUCAACAACACUCUGCCCACCAACAAGCCUUACUGAACCAGCUCAAAAACAGGCUAGAAGAGAGAGAAACUGAUAACGACAGAGAACUCGGGCAAAAGGUGGCCACGAUAGAAGACCUCCACUCUAGGCUGAAGGCAAACGUAGACUCUAUCCAGCAGCUGAACCAGCAGCUGAACGCGCUGAACAAGGACAACCUGCGGCAGCGCUCGGCUCUAGAACGGGAGGUGGCUGCUAGACAGAGUAUGGAACUGCAGCUGGAGAGUAAAGAACAGACUAUCCUGAGUCUGAAGGCACGACUGGAGGCAAACGCACAUCAGCAGUACUUAAACCACAGUCCACAUAAGGAGGAUUCAGGUGUGUCUGGUCUUCAAGAUUCAGCUUAUGCCUCAGCACUGGAGAGGGGUCUACUCAGGUCUUCACUCAAGAUGGACAAAGACAAGGUGCGUGCCAAAGCUCUGGAGGAUGCAGGGAGCACAGAUCCACAGAGCCUGGACAAGUCUUACUGGAUACAGAGGGUUGGAGAGUUGUCCAUCCAGCUGCAGCAGAGCAGUGAGUACUGGUCCGACAAAGUCAGGGAACUCUCCAUGCAGGUGGAGCGCGCUCAGUCCGUCUCACCACAUCCUCGGUAGCACUGGACACAACUGAGCAUGCUCAGUAGCACUGGACACAACUGAGCAUGCUCGGUAGCACUUGAAACAUCUGAGCCUGCUCAAAACAUCUAGAUACUAGACUAUAUGUACAUUGGCUAGUCUUAGCUUGGUACCAGUUAUGAUAUGCUUACCUCUGGAUAGGGCAAACAGUUGAAACGAUAAUUUGUUAUGACAUGAAAUUAGUGAACUGACCAAGAUAAAAUAAGAUAAGAUGGGUAAGUGACAUUUGAGGGACCAAACACUAAUGUGAACACAGUUCUUUUCUGACCAUGACUUUGUAAUGACUAGUAAGUAUGUCAAUCUAUGUGUGUUCAAAUUUUGUGAUACAUGAAAUUGUAGGCAUAAAAAAAAGCAACAAAAAAUGUGAAGCUUCUUUAGUAUUGCCAAUUAAGAAGUAAGAAUUGUGCUGAUGCACCGCUGUAAAACUUUGAACUACUGUCUAAGGGAAUAGUUUUGUGUCAAAUCUGAACAUGUGGAACUCUAAACUGCAGAGUAGAUGCUUUUAAAAGGCAGCAAGAAUUGUGAUAAAAAACUUUCAUAGUUAUGUAUUUUUAUUUUAUAUAUUUACUAUUGAUUCUAUAGUGACUUCACACAAGCACUAUAUAAUGGUAGACUGUGCUGUUGUUGCUAGCAAUGUUGAAAAUUAUUUCUUUUAAUUGUUUGUUUUAAUUUUUUUUGUAAUCUUGAAGUGUAUUGAAUAUGUAAAUUUUGCUUUCAUUAAGUUUUGUUGUAGUCUCAAAUACAUGUACUGAAAAAUAGGGAAGUCUUUCAAUCUCAACAUAUUUCUGUGUAAAAAGUCUUUCAAAUCCUAGAUAAUUCUGCCACAUUCCACAAACAACUUGUUAAUCCUAGCCAAUAUAAUCUAUAUGGUAUUAUUUUGAACAAAAAGGUGCAGAAGAUGUAAGUAAUUCUUGAACAGAUGAAUGCACAACUUGGUAAAUAUUUUUGUAUAAUUGUAUUUUGUAUGAAGUUAUUAAGUAUUUGAUUUUUGUGCCAGUAUUGUGUGAUUUUUGCCUUAGAUACUGUGUUGCUGCUACAAUGUCACAGUUAAGUAUAUGUAAAAAUUUGCUUGCUGAAGAGUUAUGAUUUUCCACUUUCUUGUACAAGAGCAAUGAUAAAUUCAUUGUGCAAUUAAUGUCAAAGUGCUGUGCCAAAAUUAUUGGCAAGGUUGGUCGUAUAUAUGUUGUAUAAAUGCUUUUGCUGAAGAAUAAGUUUCCAAUAGGAAAUAGUAAUGAAUUCUAGUACAAUUUGACAGAUUUCUAGAAUUUUGUACACUGUGUUUAAUAGUAUUUCCCACCUUUAUGUUCCUUUUCUUAAAAGUUGUGGUCUCAUAAUUUGAAGACUCACAUUUUGUAGAUCAGGAACACCUACUAGUUUGUGAAUGUUGGUAAUGUUGGUUGAACCUGUAGCAGAGAUAGUGUGAAGUCCAGUCUACAUUCCUACAGUAACUGGUACACUUUAAGUACAUGUAAUGUCUGUGCCAUGUAGCACUUAUUAUCCGUCCACGUCCUAUAUUUGAGUUUAUGAUUCACAUUCCUGUGUACAGAGAACAUUUUCUGAAAUAAAGAUGAGCCAUGUGUUGU